AUGUCAAUCUUGAUAGAACCACUCGUUUGGAGCAGAUUACAACGACUUCUCACCACAACCCCCCCCCUCGCCACCCCCAAAACCAAAACGAACCCCCAACGCUCCCUCCCAGCAUCCUACUACCGCGGCGGCACCAGCCGGGCCGUCUUCUUCAACGCGACCGACCUGCCCGCCGACGCCUCCACCCACCCCGCCAUCUACCGCGCCGUGCUGGGCAGUCCCGACGCCGCGCACCGGCGCCAACUCGACGGGAUGGGCGGGGGCAUCAGCAGCCUCUCCAAGAUCUGCAUCAUCCAAGGCGAUUCAACCCACCCGGCCGCGGACGUGGAUUACACGUUCGUGUCGGUCGGGGUGGUCGACGACAAGGUCGAUCUGACGAGUAAUUGCGGGAAUAUGAGUGCGGCGGUGGGGCCGUUCGCCGUGGAUGCGGGGUUGGUGCGGGCGCCGCGGGUGAAGGGGGAUCAGGCCACCGUUAAGAUCCAUAACACCAAUACGGGGAAGAUUAUUCAUUCCACGUUCCCGGUGGUGGAGAGUGCAUCGGGGUCGGAAAACGGGGAAGGGCCGGAGUAUGAGGCGGCGACGAGCGGGGACUUCGCCAUCGAUGGGGUGGCGGGCACGGCGGCGCGGGUGCAGCUCGAUUUCGUGGAUCCCGCCGGGUCGGUCACGGGCAAGUUGCUCCCGACGGGGAAUGCGGUGGAUGUGUUUGAGGUCAAGGGGGAGGUGGAGGCGACGUGUAUCGAUGUCGCCAAUCCGUGUGUAUUUGUCUCCGCGGCGAAGCUGGGGGUCCAGAGUAACCUGACGCCGGAGGAGUUGACGGCCGACGUGGGGUUGUUGGACAAGUUGGAUCGCAUCCGGAGGUUGGCCGGCGUGAAGAUGGGCAUCGCAGCGUCGCCCGAAAAGGUGCCCGGGAGCAUUCCCAAGAUCGCUCUGGUGGCGGCCCCCGGGGAGGAUGCGCGCUCGGUCGCCAAGGGUCAGACGCCGCAGAAGGUCGAUCUGGUGGCCAGGGCGCUCUCCGUAGGCCAGCCCCACAAGGCACUGCCCAUCACGGUGGCCUUGGCCCUGGCAACCGCGGCGAGGGUGGAAGGGAGCACCGUAUCGCAGGUUGUGAAACGGGGACAGACGGUCGAUGCUGCCGGGAUCACAAUCGGACAUGCCAGUGGAAACAUGUUGGUGGGGGCUGAGUUCGCCGAGGAUGGCAGUCUGCAAUCUGGUCGCGUGUUUUCGACCGCGCGGAGGUUGUUUGAGGGAAGGGUGUUCUGGAAAGAUGAGUAA